GUAUACGAGAAACCUGAAGAAUUUAUAUGCAUUAUCCACGAAAAAGUCUCGAGAUUAGUAUCAAAUAUUAACUACGUUAGUUCACCAGCCAUAUUAACGUCCCUUGCUUAUCAACAAUUGGAUUCUUCCGAAGAGGACAAUGGGCUGGACUCGGAUGCAUUUCAACCCGGAAAAAAAAUAUUACCUCGUGAAAUUGGAACUAGACUUUCUUGGGCUGCUCCUUCAAAAGCUAGACCUGUCGCAUUAAAAAGCAUCAAGAAUUCUCAAGAUAUUACAUCAGAAUACAUUAACGAGCUCCGAACUCAUUAUCGAUGUAUUUCGGCCACACCAUCUUAUUCUGGAGAGAUGAGACGUGUAUUUUAG